UUAAGUUAAGAAACGCCGAUAUUUGUUGAAUUGCUACAAUUAAUGGAGGGUAACUGAGAGUUAGACAAAAGAGUGCGACUUAGUAUUCAGGCGGUGGGCUACCUGGGUUACCUAUUAAGUCCACACUCCGUUUCCGUGAGGGUGCGUCGGCAGCACCGCUACUGGGUUGGAACCACGCAGUUGUAGCCGUUAGUGCCUGCUCGCCGCGGAUCGCCCAAAAUCUGGAAAUCGGCCUGUAGUCGGUCGGUCUGCUGGAAAUCCCUUUGAACUGCGCCAACCCCUGUAAACUUUUUGAUCACUUAUCGCACCCACGAGGCUCGCCGUGUACUGCUGUGGACUGGAGGGCUGGCUUUGCUGAGAAAUAGAAACUUUGAGCUUUGCCAGUCACCGGCUUAGGCUUGUGCGUGUGAACCCAGCGCCCAGUUUCUGUCACGGAACCAAGGACGAGGCAUGGCCGUCUACCAGCAGCCAUCUCAAGUGGUGAUGCAGAGCUCCAGGAGCCCUGGGACAUGGAGCACUGGCCUCUGCGAUUGCUGCUCUGAUAUGGGCACCUGUUGCUGCGGUCUCUGGUGUUUCCCCUGCAUGCAGUGUCAGACGGCCAAUAUCCACGGCUGGUGCUGCUGCAUUCCAAUCCUGGACGCCUGCUGCUGUGUGGUGUCCUGCUUACUCCGUUCCUCCGUUAGAGAGCGCUACGGCAUCCCCGGCUCGUGCUGUGACGACUGCUGCAAGUUUUUUUGGUGUUACAUGUGCGCCUGGUGCCAGAUGAACCGAGAGCUGAAGAUCAGGCGCAACCUGUCGGUCACCACCUCAGUGGUCACCACACAGGUCGUCCAUGGAUAGGAUGAAACCAGCUUGGUUGUGGGUUCUAAUGUUGAGAUAUUCUAUGAAGCCAUGUUAUGCUCUUGUUUGGCCUUGCAUUCACUCUGCCUAUUAAAACAAGCUGUUUCAGGUAACAAGCUCGCUCCUAUCGCAGUCUGCUUCCUCGCCUGCGAGGACAGUGACCAAUAAUAUAUGUCCAGCCUUAUUAAACUGUGAAGUUUCUUUAAGGACACGAGAACACAUCACAACAUCUUUGCCACAACAAAAUCCCAUUAUUCAGCACAACAGCUAAAGCCGCUCUUUUUUUACUCAGUCCUAAUCGCAAACAUUAUCCCCCUUUAUUUUUUUUCACCUUUCUCACUUCAGCUUUUAUUCAUGAUGUUGAAAAUGUUUUUGCUGUAUGGAAAUUAAAAAG